AUGUCAGUAUCGGAUGAUUCAGAUCAAGGCUCCAUUGGACGUAUGCUGUCAAAGGCAUCGGUCCUAACUGAAGACCAAAAGAAGGCCCACCACAUUGCCUCAGAACAAAAAAGAAGAGAGAAUAUCAGAUCAGAGUUUGAUAAGAUUGUGUCGUUGACUCCAACUUUGAAUGAGCUGGAGAACAGAUCUGAGUUAAACAUUCUUACCAAGUCUGCAGAUUAUAUCGACCAAUUGAAAGAAGACAAUAAUAAAUUAAUCCAGUUAUGCAUUAAUAAAGGUAUAAACGUUCCUGACGAGUUGGUUUACAAAGGUCCAAGUUCAGGUUCGAUUUGA